GCUAGUUAAAUUGCCAACAUAGAAGCGAGCCUGCAAUUUCACUCAUGUUUACAACAGACUUGGCCAAUCACUGGGGAGGGGAUGAAGGACUAAAAGCCACAGAUUGAUUCACGCGACUUGUGAAAAAAAAGAGAAGUUCAACGCAGCAUGGCGCACACAGGCAUGUGGCUUCCCUGCCUUCUGCUACUGAUGGGCAUCGCUGGUUGUGGUGGUUCCAGAGCUCGGGAGUGGGCCCAUCAUGGCGCCCCCAUGUUUGCCGACCUCACGGUUCGUGAGAUGAAAGCCGUUCGCGCGUACCUUCACAGCAUUCCGGAACUUGGAUUGACCAAUGCAGCAAGCAAAACUCUUAAGAAAAACAGCAUCAUCUUGAUCGAGCUCCAAGUUCCAAAGAAACAUGAGGCCCUGAGAGCUUUGGACCGAGGUCAAGCGAAACCACAGCGACUAGCACGAGUAGUUAUUCAGUUUGGGAAUGAGGAACCACCUCGAAUUACUGAAUACAUUGUUGGGCCUCUUCCCAACCCAACAUUCCAUAAUAUCCAUCGGUAUAAAGGAGACAAAACUAUCAAGUUUGAUUCACGACCAAUUAGUUCGGCUGAGUAUCAUCAUAUUACGGCAAUCCUUCAAAAAAUCACAACUACAGCGCACAAGCUUUUGUUUGAGAGCACAGGAGGAUUUUCCUUCACAAACUGUACUGACCGCUGCCUGACGUUCUCAGACAUCGCCCCGCGAGGGCUUGGCCCAGGCGAAAGGAGAAGUUGGAUCAUGUUGCAAAAGUUUGUGGAAGGAUAUUUUAUCCACCCCGUUGGUUUUGAGGUACUCAUCAAUCACCAAGACCUGGACCCAGAAAAGUGGUACGUUGAGAAGGUGUGGUACAACAGUGUGUACUACAACAACGUAGAGGAGCUUGUGGAGAAGUAUGAACUUGGGGUUGUGGAAAAAUCCAUCCUACCAGAACAUGACGACAGUGAUCUUUUCUCCACCUACAUUCCACGUGGGCACAGCAACACCCCAACAAACAUCCACGGGCCGAAGCUUGUGGAGCCCGCAGGGCCUCGCUACCACAUUGAUGGCAACUUUGUAGAGUAUGCAGGAUGGUCUUUUGCCUACCGAGUCCGCUCCUCAGCUGGACUACAAGUCUUUGAUGUCCGCUUCAAUGGUGAACGGAUUGCCUAUGAGAUUAGCCUACAAGAAGCGAUAGCCUUCUAUGCUGGGGACACACCUGCUGCUAUGCAAACCAAGUACAUCGAUGCAGGCUGGCUCAUGGGUGCCUCAAGUUUUGAACUAGCGCCAGGAAUCGACUGUCCAGAAAUCGCCACUUUUGUCGACCUGUACCACCAUUAUGACACGGACAAACCCAUCCGUUUCAAGAAUGCCCUCUGCAUAUUUGAGAUGAACACUGCAAUGCCUCUGAGAAGACAUUUCAACUCAGAUUUCAGUGGGGGAUACAACUUCUUCGGAGGUCUGGAAAACACAGUGCUGGUGCUGCGGACAACAUCUACGGUGUACAACUAUGAUUACAUCUGGGAUUUUCUAUUCUACCAGAAUGGGGUGAUGGAAGUAAAGGUUAGCGCCACUGGAUAUAUCCAUGCCACUUUUUUCACUCCGAACGGAAUACAAUAUGGAAGCAAGGUCUACGACUAUGUGUUGGGUAACCUGCAUACACACCUGAUUCAUUAUAAAGUGGAUCUAGAUAUCAUUGGUCGGGACAAUAGCUUUCAGUCAAUGGAUCUGAAGUACGUCAACUUCACGAAUCCCUGGAGCCCUGAACAUUUCGUCGUCCAGUCGAAAAUGAGUUGGACUGAGCACAAAACAGAACGGUCUGCUGCUUUCCGCUUUGAUAAAAAGUUCCCUCGCUACGUGCACUUUUAUAAUCCCAACGAGAAGAAUAAGUGGGGACAUCAAAGGGGAUAUCGUAUUCAGCUCAACUCACACGCUGAUAGUGUUCUUCCAAGGGGAUGGAAAGAAGAAAAUGGAAUAAAUUGGUCAAGAUAUCGUCUGGCUGUGACUCGUCAUAAAGAUAGUGAAGGCUCCAGCAGCAGUAUCUACACACAGAAUGACCCCUGGGAACCCGUUGUGUCAUUUGAGGACUACAUACGCAACAAUGAAGACAUAGUUAAUAAGGACCUGGUUGCCUGGGUUACUGUCGGCUUCCUCCAUGUACCUCACUCUGAAGACAUCCCUAACACUGCCACCCCUGGAAAUGCUGUGGGCUUCUUCCUGAGACCGUUUAAUUUCUUUAAUGAGGACCCUUCACUGGCAUCCAAGAGCACCGUCAUAGUGCGGCCGGACAACGACGGUAACCCCAAGAUUCAGAGAUGGACCCCCGAAGUUGUAGGUCACUGUGUAACAGACAAGCCAUUCGCAUAUAAUGGCAAAUAUGUUGGUGUGUAAGUGUGGCAUCUGAAGCAGAACAUGGAAUCAAAAGGUAAUAAUGUAGACUAGAACAUCACAUGAACCAAAGCUGUGAAGUGACCAAAGUUUGACAUAAUUAUUUUCAACUAUUAAAUUGAAGUCACCUGGU